AUGGACGACGACAUCCUCAGCCAGCUGCCGGUGGGCGCGACCUUCCUGGUCCCGGCCGGCACCUUCGGGCGGGCGCCGGGGGAGUCCCAGCCCCCGUCCCCGGCGGCACCCGCGCCAGCCGAGGACGUCAAGGCCGUGCAGCCUCCGUCGCCACUGCCGGCCGUGGUCGUGCAGCAGCGAGUGCAGGACGUCCUCGCCGGGCGGCCCAUGUCGCCGAUGCCCCCCGUGGUCAUGGCCCCGUCGCCGAUGCCCCCCGUGGUCAUGCAGCCAGCGCAGGCCGCGGAGGGUAAGGUGCAGGAGCCCAUCGCCUGGCAGGUGCGGGAGCCCGCGGCCGUGGCGCCCCUCGCAGGCGCGCCCGAGGUGCUGCAGCCGGCCCAGGACGCGCUGGGGCUGCAGUACAAGCAGUCGCUCGCGAAGGUCGUGGGCGCGGCUCUCGCGGCGCCGCCCCUGCAGCGCGCUCUCGCCAAUUGCCGGUCCUGCCGAGGGUGCGCCUGGCGCGAUAUGCGGGCGGCGGCCUUGGCCGCGGCCUCGCUGGCCACCGCGCUCGCCGAGGGCGGCCGUGCCGAGGGGCCGCCCUCGUGGCUGCCCAGGGUGGAGCUCGAGGACUUCGAGUGCAGGAGGGCGCUGCCCUCGGCCACUGCAGACUGGCCCGCCCUGCGGUCGCGGGUGCAGGCCCUCGUGUCUGACGGCCUGGAGGCGGAUAGCCUGGUCCCCACGGUUGAGGACGAGGCCGCGACGUCGCGGAGGAAGGCGCUACAGGUGGAGCUGCUCGACAGGGCGUCCAGGCCGUUGCUCCGCUUCGAGGCCGCUAUCGCCGAAUGUCCCUUCGGGGCCGUGACCGCCUCCCUGCUCGUGGCCUGCCUUGCGCACAUGCCAAGAGCCGAGGUGUCCGAGGAGGCACUGCCGUGGGCGUACGAGACGAUGCUGUCGGACUUUGCACGGCAGCCUUUUGACGACCUGGUUGCGAGGGAUUUGCGUCUGUUGCUCAGCCUCGCUCCCAUGCAUGUCGUUGUGGCGGCCGAAUGGGGCAUAUUCUCGUUGCUAAAUCUAUACGUUGGACGCCUCAGAAAGAGGACCCCCGAUCCUGAUCAUCCAGUCCAGCACGCCUGCGCUGGCACAUCUGUCUCAGGACACUCGUCCGAGAAGGUCAUGGAAGUUCUGAGGAGGCACACACGCUUCGCUUCUGGCAAGAGCAUCGAGGGGCUGAAGUUUCUACGCGGCCUCGACCCCAUCGUCAGUUCCGUUAUGCGGGAUCCUACGGAUUUCUCUGCGCACUAUGUCCACUCUUGCCCUGCCGGAGCCGCGGCAUUCGCGCUGGCCUCGGCCAUGCUGUCGCUCAUGACCAACCCAUCGCUUUUCGAGAAGUUUGUCAACAUGGCCCAGUAUGUGCUGCAGGCGCAUGCCGAGGAGGUGGUUGCUGGCGCCGAUGCCUGGGGCGUGUUUCAUGCGUUUGCGAAGCUUGCGGUCUUCGCGACGAGGUCCUUCGACCUCGUCUGGUCGAUGGAGGAGCUGUUGCCGCUGCCCGAAGACCCCGCAGUAUUCGACCGCCUGCGCCUGGACGGGGCAGCCCGCAGGGAGCGGCUGAGCGCCGCCGCCGAGGCCCACGGUCACGAGGCGACCCGGAGCUUGGCGCGGUUCCUGCUCUCCGCUCCCGGGACGGCCCAGCCCCCCGGACCGGCCUCGGAGGCGGUGGUGUACCUCACCGCCGUGGGCGGUGCCCCCUUCACCAACCACCUGCCCGCGUUCGUGCGCAGGGCCGUGGCCGUGCGCCUGCCGGCCCUGGUCAUCGCGUGCAUGGACGGCCACGCGCUCGAGCGCUGCGAGGCGGUGCGCGCGGAGGAGGGCGCCGUGGACAGGGUCUGCUGCAUGCCCGCGCUCGAGGGGCACGUGGUGCUAGUGAAGCACGCCUUCAUUCCCGUGCUCUUGAGUGCGGCGGUGGACACCGUCUGGAUAGAUUUUGACACCUUCAUUCUGAGAGAUCCGACGCCUGCGCUGCGCAGCGCCCGAGAUGCUCCCGGUGAGAUGUUGCCGGCCCGAGAGCGCAUGCGUUUCGGGUCGUUCUUGUUCCACAAUGCUUCUGACCUGUGCGCUCUCGCGAAGAUGUGCGAUCCGAGGCAACAUUGGCCAUACACCAUCAGCGGAGAGCAUGAUCCAAGCAAUGGUGUGGAGAUGCUUGUGACGGAGCAUUGGGACGCACGUUGCCUUAACAAUGGAUUGUUUUAUGUUCGGGCGACUCAGCGACCUCUUGUCUUCUUCACCAUGUUCCUCACCAAAUUGUACGUGAACCCAUACACCGACAACCAGAACUUGUUUGACUCGUUUCUGGCGCACUCGACCCUCGAUGCUGCCGCUCCGAGCUCUCGGCCCCUCCUCAACUACAGGCUGCUGGACAUCGAGCGGCAGUUCGCCUGCGCAGAAGGACAUCUGGGCAGCGCCGACAGCCUGGUAACGUUCCACUUCUGGAGCUCGGAUUUCAAAACCCGGGAGGUUGCCAAGGUGGGGCACGAGGCGGCGGGCCCCCCGUCCCCCGAAGGGGGGACCAUUCGCAUGCGGGACGGCACGGCGCGCACGGAGAAGGUCACGGCGGGCAAGGCUGAGCUCUUCGGCCUCUUCCUCGGCGGCGGCCUUCCCAGGAGCGACGGCGUGCCCGCCGAGGCCGCCGACUUCAUCGACCGCGUCAGGGUCCCGCCGCCGACCUGGAAGGGGAUGUGCUCGGUCACUGCGGUGGGGAUCGAAGACCUGGUGGACGAGAAGCUGCUCCGGGGUGAGCAGGAGCUCGUGGACUGGGCUGCGGCCACCGCUGUGUCGGGCGCCGCGCGCGGCGCGGCUUUGGACGACGGCGAUCCUGCAGGGCCGCCCGCCGGGGAGGGCGUGCGGGGGCCAGCGGCUGAGCUGGCCGAGGGCGACUGCGCCGGAGUCCCCCUGGCCGCGUGGUCGGACGGCCUCGCCGCGGUCGCCGAGCUGGAGGACGCCUCGCUCCUGCUGGCCCCAGAGGCCGCCGCUGUGAAGGCGCUGCUGCGGAGCAGGGACGUGGGAUGCUUGCUGACCGUGCGGGCGCACCAGAGCCGCGGCGCGUAUCGGCUCGCGGCGGAGCUGAGGCUCUGUUCCAGUGGGGAAGGGGGGGGGCGUGCUGGCAGACAGCGGCGGAGAUGCCCCCUCCGGGGAGUGGCUGGAGGGCCUGAGGGCCUUGGCCGUGCUGGAGGACUCUGGCCUGCUGCCAGGGCCGCAGGCGGCGGUGCUGAAGGCGCGGCUGCGGGGCUUCGACAGGGGCUGCCUGAUGACGGCCAGGGCCUCGGCUGGGCGAGCGCCCCGCAGGGGAUCCGCCCGGCGUGCGCGCCUGCUGGCGCACGGCAGCCGGCGAGAACCAGAAGCCCCGCGCGCUGGACGCCAGAGCGCUAG